UCUGCUUCCGGCGCGCGCCGGAAGUGGCGCCGCCAUGGCGGCCGGGAGCUGCCGGGGCUGAUGCCACCAUGGCCACCAGCCGCUCCGAGGACGAGGAGUCCCUGGCGGGGCCCAAGCGGGGCCCGGCCACCCCCGUGGGGACUGUCCCCAAACGGCGCAGCUCCUCCAGGUUCAUCAAGCGUCGGAAAUUCGAUGACGAGCUGGUCGAGUCCAGCCUGGCCAAGUCCUCGCGGGCCAAGGGGGGCCCUGAGCCCCCCCCCAGACCCGGGGGGGCCGCAGGGCCGGUGGGGGGGGGAGGGGCGGCCGCCGAGCCCCCCCCGGGAGAGAGGAAAAAGGUGUCCCGGGCCGUGCCCCCCCCGCCCCCCCCCGGGCCCGGCCCCCCCCCGGCGCUGCCCAAGAGGCUCAAGAAGAGCAAACCCAGCCCCGCCCCCCGCGACCUGGGCAGGUGGAAACCCGCGGACGAUCUGCUGCUCAUCAACGCUGUGCUGCAGACCAACGACCUGACCUCGGUGCACCUGGGGGUGAAGUUCAGCUGCCGCUUCACCCUGCGCGAGAUCCAGGAGCGCUGGUACUCGCUGCUCUACGACCCCGUCAUCUGCAAGCUGUCGUGCCAGGCCAUGCGGCAGCUGCACCCCGAGGCCGUGGCCGCCAUCCAGAGCAAGGUGCUGUUCAGCAAGGCCGAGGAGCAGCUGCUGACCCGCGUGCCAUCGAGCCCGGCGCCGUCCCUGGACACCUUCCAGGAGCUGCUGCAGCGCCACCCGGCCGUGUUUUACCCUGCCAGGACCCCCAAGGCCCUGCAGCUGCACUGGCAGCUCCUGCGCCAGUACCACCUGCUGCAGGACCAGACAGUGCAGCCCCUGCCCAAGGGGGAUCAGGUCCUGAAUUUCUCCGACGCCGAGGAGCUGCUGGACGAUGGCAAACUCAGGGACGUGCGGGACGAGGUCCUGGAGCACGAGCUGACCGUUGCUGACCGGCGCCAGAAGCGCGAGAUCCGGCAGCUGGAGCAGGAGCUGCACCGCUGGCAGGUGCUGGUGGACUCCAUCACAGGGAUGAGCUCCCCGGAUUUCGACAGUCAGACUCUGGCCGUGCUGCGGGGCCGGAUGGUUCGGUACCUGAUGCGCUCCCGCGAGAUCACCCUGGGCAGAGCCACCAAGGACAACCAGAUCGACGUGGACCUGGCCCUGGAGGGCCCAGCCUGGAAAAUCUCCCGCAAGCAGGGGGUGAUCAAGCUGAAGAACAACGGGGAAUUCUUCAUCGCCAACGAGGGCCGGCGGCCGAUCUUCAUCGACGGCCGCCCCGUGCUGGGGGGCAGCAAAUGGAAACUCAGCAACAACUCCGUGGUUGAGAUCGCCAGCCUGCGCUUCGUGUUCCUGAUCAAUCAGGAGCUGAUCGCGAUGAUCCGCAGCGAGGCCGCGCGCCUCGGCCACCAGUGACACCAGUAUGGACCAGUACAGACCAGUAUGGGACUGGGAGUGUCCCA